GUCGCUCUUGGCUCCGCCCCUCGUGCGCAGGCUGCGGAGACUGGUGUGCUGUGGCGGCUGCGAAGGCUUAACUUCCAGUCCCAGGAGUGAAUAACCAUGGUGCUCAGUAGUUUGGAUAAGAUAAUUGAACUCCAGAAGAACACUGCCAACAUCAGGAACAUCUGUGUUUUGGCUCACGUUGACCAUGGAAAAACUACUCUUGCUGAUUGUCUCAUAUCCAGUAAUGGAAUCAUCUCCAGCCGUCUCGCAGGCAAGUUAAGGUACAUGGACAGCCGAGAAGAUGAACAGAUCCGAGGGAUCACUAUGAAAUCCAGUGCCAUUUCACUACAUUAUGCAAAAGAUAACCAGGAGUACCUGAUUAAUCUCAUAGACUCACCAGGGCAUGUGGAUUUCUCCUCUGAAGUGUCAACAGCUGUUCGCAUCUGUGAUGGAUGCAUCAUUGUGGUAGAUGCUGUGGAAGGGGUCUGUCCACAGACACAGGCUGUUCUGCGACAAGCAUGGCUCGAAAACAUACGUCCUGUUUUAGUGAUUAAUAAGAUAGAUCGUUUGAUCGUGGAACUAAAAUUCACCCCACAGGAGGCCUAUUCUCACCUCAAGAAUAUUUUGGAACAGAUUAAUGCACUGACGGGAACGCUUUUUACUUCUAAAGUCCUAGAAGAAAGAGCAGAGAGAGAAAGUGAGUCCCAGGUAAAUCCGAAUUCUGAACCAGGAGAGCAGGUGUAUGACUGGAGCACUGGCUUGGAGGACACAGAUGACUCUCACCUCUACUUCUCUCCAGAGCAGGGGAAUGUGUUGUUCACCAGUGCCAUAGAUGGGUGGGGCUUUGGAAUUGAGCACUUUGCCAAAAUCUAUAGUCAAAAAAUUGGUAUCAAAAAGGAAAUUCUUUUGAAAACUCUGUGGGGAGAUUAUUAUAUAAAUAUGAAGGUUAAGAAGAUUAUGAAAGGCGAUCAGGCCAAAGGAAAGAAACCUUUAUUUGUACAGUUGAUCCUGGAAAAUAUAUGGAGUUUAUAUGAUGCUGUCUUGAAAAAGGACAAAGAAAAAAUUGAGAAAAUAGUGACUUCUUUAGGAUUAAAGAUUGGAGCCCGAGAGGCCCGGCAUUCAGACCCUAAGGUUCAGAUCAACGCCAUUUGCAGCCAGUGGCUGCCCAUCUCCCAUGCUGUUCUUUCCAUGGUGUGCGAGAAACUGCCCAGUCCCCUGGACAUUGCAUCUGAGCGGGUAGAGAAGCUGCUGUGCACAGGAUCACAAACAUUCGACUCUCUUCCCCCUGAAACUCAAGCCCUGAAAGCAGCUUUUAUGAAAUGUGGAAGUGAAGAUACUGCUCCAGUUAUUAUCUUUGUUUCCAAAAUGUUUGCAGUUGAUGCUAAGGCCUUGCCUCAGAAUAAGCCAAGGCCCCUCACUCAAGAUGAGAUUGCUCAGAGACGAGAGCGUGCACGACAGAGGCAUGCAGAGAAGCUGGCAGCAGCGCAGGGGCAGGGCCCUGUGGAGUCUAUCCUGGAAACAAGUCCACAAGAAGAGCCAAGAGAUGAUGGACAGCAGGUGGAGAAUAUGGCCCCUAACCCUGCACCCCAGAAGAAAGACAGCCAGGAGUCCUUCAUUGCAUUUGCUCGUGUGUUCAGUGGUGUAGCUCGAAGAGGAAGGAAAAUUUUUGUCUUGGGGCCUAAGUACAGUCCUGUUGAGUUUUUACAACGGGUACCAUCAGGCUUCUCAGCUUCCCCUGAUGACCUCCCCAUUGUGCCCCACAUGGCAUACUGUACCUUGGAAAACCUAUAUCUGCUGAUGGGAAGAGAACUGGAAGAGCUGGAAGAGGUGCCUCCAGGAAACGUGCUAGGAAUAGGAGGCCUUCAAGACUUCGUGCUGAAAUCUGCAACUCUGUGUAGCCUGCCAUCCUGCCCACCUUUCAUACCACUCAGUUUCGAAGCCACCCCUAUUGUGAGAGUUGCUGUUGAGCCGAAACACCCAAGUGAAAUGCCUCAGCUUGUGAAAGGAAUGAAGUUGUUGAACCAAGCUGAUCCCUGUGUCCAGAUUUUAAUUCAGGAAACAGGCGAGCACGUUUUGGUCACAGCAGGGGAAGUUCACCUUCAGCGAUGCUUGGAUGACUUAAAAGAAAGGUUUGCAAAGAUUCAUAUCAGUGUAUCGGAACCCAUUAUUCCUUUCAGAGAAACAAUCACAAAACCCCCAAAAGUUGACAUGGUCAAUGAAGAAAUAGAAAAACAACAGAAAGUUGCAGUCAUACACCAAACAAGAGAUGAUCAGAGCAAAAUCCCUGAAGGGGUCCAGGUCGACUCUGAUGGGCUGAUCACCAUCACAACCCCCAACAAACUUGCUACCCUCAGUGUCCGGGCUAUGCCCCUUCCAGAAGAAGUCACUCAGAUUUUGGAAGAAAACAGUGAUUUGAUUCGUUCUAUGGAACAGCUGACAUCUUUGUUGGAUGAGGGCAAAAAUACUCAGAUGAUUCAUCAGAAGACCCAAGAGAAAAUGUGGGAAUUCAAAGGAAAACUGGAGCAACACCUAACAGGGAGAAAAUGGCGGAACACCGUUGACCAAAUCUGGUCAUUUGGCCCAAGAAAAUGUGGGCCCAACAUACUGAUCAGUAGAAGUAUGGACUUUCAAAACUCAGUGUGGACAGGCGCAGCUGGAAGAGCUUCCCAGGCAGCCAAUAGAUACCGAGACCUGGGCAAUAGCAUUGUGAGUGGCUUCCAGCUGGCAACCCUCUCUGGCCCCAUGUGUGAGGAGCCCCUCAUGGGUGUCUGUUUUAUUCUGGAAAAAUGGGACAUAAGUAAGCUUGAAGAACAAGGAGCGAGUGUUAACCAGAAUCAUGAAAAAUGUGAUGUGGUUGGAGAGGGCCAGUGGGGAGAGAGAAGCUGUCCUGCUGGAGAUGAAAACCAAGAGUCACCAGCUGGCUGCUCCGAGGCCUCUGAGAAAACUUCCCAGAAAGGAGAAUCUCCAGUCACUGAUUGCUAUGGACCCUUCUCAGGACAGUUGAUUGCCACCAUGAAGGAAGCAUGUCGCUAUGCCCUGCAGGUGAAACCACAGCGCCUGAUGGCAGCUAUGUAUACUUGUGACAUCAUGGCCACCAGCGAUGUUCUCGGUCGAGUCUAUGCUGUCUUGUCAAAGAGAGAAGACCUGCUUCAAGAAGAAAUGAAAGAAGGGACAGACAUGUUCAUCAUCAAAGCAGUGCUGCCUGUAGCCGAAAGCUUUGGUUUUGCUGAUGAGAUCAGGAAGAGGACAAGUGGCCUGGCCAGCCCGCAGCUGGUAUUCAGCCACUGGGAGAUCAUCCCCAGUGACCCCUUCUGGGUGCCCACAACAGAGGAGGAGUACCUGCACUUUGGGGAGAAGGCGGACUCCGAGAACCAGGCCCGGAAGUACAUGAAUGCUGUGCGGAAGCGAAAGGGGCUCCAUGUGGAGGAGAAGAUUGUGGAGCACGCGGAGAAGCAAAGAACACUCAGCAAAAACAAGUAGCUCACGCUGUGUGAGUGGGCGCUUUCCUUCCCAGUAAAUUAACAAGGACCACCAGGGGUCUGAUCUUGGGAAAAAUCUCUUGUUGCUGGUUUUCUCUGUGCUUUCACUUUCAAUAAAGUUAAUCCAUAUAAAUAUUUUAAAGAAGAUAUUAAAGAACA